AUGAGCACUGAGGACACAGAAACACCUACCUCCUUCCCCAUAAUCAAGAACCCUCUUGCGAAGCUUGCUGAGCGAAAAUGUGAAUCUACUGUCCCAAAUCCUGCAGUGACCCAGUACAUCGAAGAACGGAAGAUUGUCGCAAAUGGCUCAUCAGCCAAUUUCAGGAUUUACUGGUCUGACCUGAUGAAAGAGAAGCAGCUGGCUUAUGAUCCCGAUGCGCUGAAGCUGGUCAAGGACAAUAUAUGGAACGGCAAUACAGUCGACAUCAUCAACAAGAUCUCUUCUGGCAGCCUAUACUAG